AUGACAGGAAUACAAAGAAGAGCCAACCCUUGGAAAAAUGUCAAGACGUUGAAAAGGUGCAACGUACAUUUGCGGUCCUCAUUCGACCUAAGUAAAAGUGUUGAACACAAAUUUGUUUCAUUUGCACUGAACUUACUAUGCGUAAGUAAGAAAUAUGAAUUGAUAUUUAUAUCUUACGGUCAAUAUAUAUAUAUAUUUGAGUUAAAAGAUUUUACGGAUAAUAAUAUUUAUAUAAAUGAAAAAUAUGACACAGAAAAAUGUUAUGUUUUUAGAAAUUUUAAUAAAAAGGAAAUAGGAAAAAGUAACUGCGGUUUUACAAAUAUGAAUAAAAUAAGAUACGUUUACGAAGAAAUUAAAAAAGACUUACAAUUAAAAAAGUUGAAUGUUCCAAUUCCUUGUUUAAUUCUUUCACCCCAUAUGUACUCUAAAGGAUAUGUUAAUAUAAAAUGUGAAGAAAAAGAAAAUUUCGAUAAAAGUAUAUUAAUAUCUGCUGGAUGGUCAGAAGAUACGAAUAUAUAUUAUGUUGAAAAAUUUGUUGAAUGUAUAAAUAUUAAAAAAAAGCUAAAGCAUAUAUUAGAAAAAAAGCUUUAUGAUUGUAAAAGAUAUGAAGAAAUUAUGACUCGUGAGCUGUAUUAUCCAUAUUUUCCUUAUAACCCUAAUUUUCAUAGUUUUCUUAAUGACCCAUACUGUUUUUUAAAAAAGUUGAAAAUAGAUGAAAACAAUUUUAUUUUAAAUUUAAUAUAUAAUAAUGAAUAUACGGAAAACUACUCGAAUGAAUUCCUUGAUAUGUUUGAGUUAUCGAAAAGUGUUACUAAUUUUGACUACAUGAAAAAUAAGGUCAAAGAAAAGAGAAGAAUUCUCUUGCACAAAUUAGAAAUGGAAAAAACAAAAAAAUCAAAAAAAAUAAAAAAUAAAAUAUUAAUAGCUAGUAAUCGAAAUGUACAUGCAAAUUCAAGGAAUGACGUGAAAUAUCCCUUUGUACAAAUGAAAAACAAAAAUGUAUCUAAAAAAAUUGUCAAUAAAAAAUGGAGGCGUGAAAAAGGAGUAUUAACGAAUGAUGUUCAUAAAAAAGGUCUAUACAGAAUUAAAUGCAAAUGUAUGUUGAAAUGUCCAAAGGAUAGAAGCUAUAAUGUAUUUAAUAGCAAAAUAGAUAAAAAUAUACGCAAUAAGACCAAAAGAGGUAAAUUUAAGAUUGCAGAUAUGUAUAGCAGUUUUGAAAGCACACAAGAGGAAGAGGAAGAAGGAAAUGAAGGAGCAGGAGAGGAAAAAGGACAACGCCAAAAAGAGAACAGUCAUUUGAGAGAAAGAACAAAUAGGAAAAAUUUUAAAAAACAUUAUUAUAACUACUUCUUAGAUGAUGAUACAAGAGGGGAAAUUGAAGAAAUUAAUUUUUAUAAAAAAAUGUUUAAUAAUGUUUACAUAGGGUAUAAUUUAAGAAAUAACGUAGAGUUAAAUGAACAGAAUGAUUAUAUAAAUUCUUUUAGACAGGAUAAUCAAUUUGUUAACAGUUAUAUUAAGUCAUCAAGUGAUGAUGAAAAUGAUAGUCUUACAAAUUGUAAGUCGAAAUUACGUAAACAUAAAAAUGAAAGAAAGGGGAUAAAACUUGGUGAGCAUAAAGAGGCACAUACAUUUUUGGUAAUGAAAAAAAGGAGGAAAUGUAAGAAGCACAAGCAAGAGGAAAAAGAAGAAGAGCAGCAGGCGGAGGGGGAGCAGACAGAGAAGAAGAAGGAGAAAAAGAAGGUGCAGCGGAACAAACCCAGGAAGAGAGAAAAACGAAAUACAAAAGUAAAUAGAACCAUGCGUGACGAUAGCAGUAGCCCCCUUACAUAUAACAUUACUUCCGGUAGGAAUAAAAAUUUUAAUAUCCCCUCAGAGAAGUACAAAAUAAAUAUAAAAAAAUAUAAAGGUGAUGAUAGGAAUAUUAAAUUAGAAUAUUUAAAUGAAAAUAUUAAGAAAUAUAUGUUAUAUAUAGAUCGAUUAAAUACUUUAAAAGAAGAAAGAAAAAAAUUUGUUAAUUUUUGCAAGUUAUAUAUAAAACAUAAGUAUUAUGAAGAAUACAGUAAAAAGCUGGAAGCUUUUUUAGAUCCGUCCACUAAAAUAAAAUAUAACCGUAUAUGGAAACAAUUUAAUAUAUUUACUUUCAAUUUAUUUAAUGUUGAUCAUAACGAUAAAAUAUUAAAAUAUAAUCAUAUAUACCUACAAUCAGACAUUGUAUUUAACAACAAAAUGUAUGCUAAAUCAGAUACUUCUACGUGGGCCAUUUCUUUUAAUUUUACAAGAAAUUUACUAGCUAUUGGAUCGAAUACACAUAACAUAAAUAUAUAUAAUUUGAACAAUUUUUAUUAUUUUAGGAAAAGGUAUGACUAUGAUGAAGCAUAUAAUUUUUUUAAAAAUAUGUUUGUGUAUAAUAAAUUUAAAGUAAGUAAUUUGUUUCCGCGUGAUGAUAAAGAUCGAUUUUAUUUUAAUAGUAGUGAUGAUGAAAAAGAAAGCUUUUUGAUUAAAAAAAGAGAAAAGAGAAAAAAAAAAAAUAAUAAAAUAGAAACAAAAAACAAAAAAUACAAACAUAACAAUGAAAACAAAGAACAUUUUUUGCGCCAGUUCAACAAUGAUAUGAAAUAUUCUGAACAGGUCAUAUAUUUAAAUCUUUAUGAAGGAAAAAAAUUUGAAAAUAAUUCAAAUGAUGUAGAAAAUAUUCGUGACUCAAAUACGCAAAAUCAGUUAUCGUAUAAUAUUUUACAAAAUGAUAAGAAGUAUAAGAAGAAAAAAAGAAAAAAAGGAGGAUUAAGUAGAUCGAGUGAAAAUUUAUGGGACAGUGAUAUUAAUGCAUGCGUGUGUAAUUAUUUAUCGGAUCUUAUGGAUGAGCGAGGGGGGGGAAAAAAGAAAAGAAAAGAUACAAAUAGGAAAAAUAAUAUUAAUAAUAAUAAUAAUAAUAAUAAUAAUGGAAAUAAUUACGACCUUUUGGACAAUAACUUUCCCUUCGAAAGAAAAGAAGAAAAGGGUUUCAAUUAUCAUUUACAGAAUGAUGAUAUAUACGAAAAUUACGAAAGAAAAGAAAGUGCAGAAGUAAAAGGAGACCAGCGUGCAGUAUCACCUUUCUCAUUUGAUUGUUAUGAUUUUCCUUGUGCUAAUGAAGUUAAAGCAGUGAAAGCGGUUAACGCGGUAACAAAUGACAAGGACCUGAAUUGCUCAUUACAUGAAGACUAUAUACAUAUUUGCAGAAAGUUAAAGAUUAAAUAUUUUAAUGACGAGCUGGAAUUAGAAAAUGACCAAAAAUACGGAAAAAACAAUACUGGAAAGAAUACCGGCACAUUGCAUGACAGCAGAGUUGGUGAUAAUUCGGAAAAGAAAAGUUCAUAUUUUACAAUGUCAAAUAUGUCUUACAAAAAAUAUGACGAAUCGCACGUAAAUAAAAUGAUAAGGAACAUUCUUAAAAAGAAGAGCAAAAUUCCGAUCGAUUUAACCCUCUUUUUUACUAGUAGAAAAGAAAAUUUGAAAAAUAUUCUACUAACCAUAUCUUAUAAUUUUCCAAGUGACUCAAUUCAUAUAUUCUUAAAAGAAGCAUGUAUGGCAAAAAAUAUUUAUACGAAGAAAUUGAAUGCGCCUGAUAAUAUUUCAUUGAUUAUAAAUAAAAUGAAAAGGGUAUAUUUAAAAAGAUAUGGUUCAAAUGAAUAUUUUAAUAUAAAGUUGUUCAGUCGUGAUGCACUAGUAGUUAAUAAUAAGAAUUUUUUAAAAAAUUGGUAUUUGAAAUAUUUAUGUAAAAAUUUUUUUUAUUUAAAUGAUAAUGAAGGUUCAUUGCAAAGUAGAACUGGAAGAGAAGAAAAAAUGAUAAAACGGGGAAAUUUGUCGAUGGAGGAAAUGAAGUAUAUGCUAAUCUCAAAUGAAGACGGAAUAAAUAAAGAGGAUAAAGCUAGUAAAUACCUUAAAAAAAAAAAAGGAAGAGAUGUUUAUAAGAAAAACGAAAUGGUGUAUAAUGAAAAGAUUAAAUUAAUUAAUUCGAAUUUAUACCUGCAUAACAAGAGUAGUGGUGAAGAAUCAUUUAAUAAUGAGGAUAAAAGUAGAAUAUAUUGCUCAAAAAAAAGGUAUAAUUUGUUGGAAAUAGAAAAAAGAUAUUAUAUAUUACUUCCGUCCUAUAAAGUGCACCAUAAUAUAUAUAAUAAUGUGCCUCUGUACAAUAAUUUCUCAGAGUGCAAAAAAAAAAUAAUAUGUCUUACGUACAUGUACAGUUACAAAAGAGCUAAUAUGAUACUAAAAAGUAUAAGUAAAAAAUUUCGAAAGUUUAUUAAAGACAGACAUAAUUUUACUUUUUUCAAUACACCCCAACUGUUCUCAAAUGAACAAUCUAUUUAUAUAAUUCUAGACAAAAAGAGAAGUAAAGAAAACAAAAAGUAUCAUUAUGAGAACACUUCUUCCAAAUAUAUUAAUGAAUUAAAAAAUGUAAUAAAAUAUAUACAAAGCCACACAACACCAGGCUUAUUAUAUUUAAAAAAUCAGAAUGGUUAUAAUAAAAGAGAACAAACAGAGGAAGAAAAAAAAAAAAAAAAAAUACUAAUCAUAUGUGAAUUGCGAGAUCAUAAUAAUAACAUGUUAGAUACCAUACAUUUAACAAAUGCAACAGCAGAGGAAUGCUCAGAUACCUUAUCUGAUAGCCCAUCAGGCCAAUUAGGAGAAGAGAACUGUGUUUAUUAUUCUUUUCUAUAUGAUAAGGCUGAAAUAAAUAACGAGAAAAGGAAAAAAAGAAAGAAAGGUUUAAUGAGUAAUAAUAUGAACAGUUCAGAUAAACAAAAACGAAAAAAGAAAAAGAAAAGAAAAAAAACUUUAGAAAGUAUCAUUGCAAAUAAAACGCAUAUGAGUGGAAUAAUAAAACAUACUAUUGAGAUGGAGGUAAAUAAAUUAAAUGAAAACUAUUCAAACUUCAUUAGUCAAGAAAGGAAAAGGAAACAAAAAAUAAAGAGUAUAAUAUUGAAUUAUAAUUCUUCAUUAAAUUCGAAGGAAGAAUCAGAUAAUAGUGAUUCAUCUGAACGAUCUGAAGAAAAAGAACAACUUAAUAACAGCGUGGAUUACAGAGCCUUUCAUUCGUCUUCCAUAAAUAAUACAAGUAUCCAAAAUACAAGUCAUUUAAAUAGAAUUAUUAACGAAAAUUUAUUGCAUACGCGUAACCGAGUUAUAAGAAAUGGGUAUAAUUCUGAUGUUUCAAAUAGUGGUCGUCUUCUUGUUCGAGCAUUAAAUAAUUUUAGAAUGUUGAGAAAUAAUUUCUUAAAUAAUAUACGAAAUAAUGUUAGACCUAAUCGCGCUCGUGAUAAUGUUACGGAUGAUAUUAUAAAUGAGAGCACCCAUCGGUUUAUAAGUACGAUGGUGGACGCUACCCAAAAUCUUUUAAACAUUAACAGCUCUCUGAGCACUUACAAUAUAAGGGCUCCAAAUAGUGUUAAUGAUCGUGAUAAUGUUUCCAGUGCUGCGGAAGUUUCUAACAUUCCUGAUACGUCAAACGCGCUAGAUGCUUCUAACAUUCCUGAUGCGUCAAAUGCCUAUAAUGCCUCUAACAUGACUAGUGUUAGUUUAACGAAUCUUCCGAAUAUUAGAUUAAGCAAUAUUCUUAGUUCUCGUUUAAGUAAUCUUCCAAGUGUUAAUUUAGAUAAUAUACUCAAUGCCGCUUCGAGAAAUGAUCGUAAUGGUUCUGGAAGAAAUGAUACUAAUAUAGAGAUGGAUGUCUAUUUAGAUUACAUGAAUCCUUCUCAUAGCAAUUAUUAUGCAAAUUUAAGAACUCCCAUUUCAAGAAGUUCAAAUUUGAGAUCUCCUAACUCGGAAAUAUUAAAUUUGAGAGGGUUCAAUAUGGGUAGUUUAAAUGCGAGAUCACUCAACUCAAAUCGUUUUAGUUUAAGAACUCCUAAUAAUGUAAAUUCAAAUUUUAGAAAUUCAAAUGUUCAUAACAUAAAUUUGAGGAACUCAAAUGUUCGAAGUAUAAAUUUGAGAAAUUCAAAUGUUCGAAGUAUAAAUUUAAGAACUCCAUCUAUUCAUAAUAAUUUAUAUUCUAAUAGAAUAUUAAAUAACAUUUUAAGACUUAGCUUAAAUGGAAGAGAAUCAAAUGCAGAUAUAUUGGGGAUUGCGAUAAAUGCGAAUAAUCUUGAUAAUAUAAACACGAGCACAAAUGUAGUUGCAAAUGUUGUAAAUAAUAACAGCAAUAGUAGUAAUAAUAAUGGGGGUAAUAAUAAUGAAAUUAACAAUAAUGAAAUUAGUAAUAAUGAUAUUAGUAAUAAUGAUAUUAGUAAUAAUGAUAUUAGUAAUAAUGAUAUCAGUAAUAAUGAUAUUAGUAAUAAUGAUAUUAGUAAUAAUGAUAUUAGUAAUAAUGAUAUUAGUAAUAAUGAUAUUAGUAAUAAUGAUAUCAGUAAUAAUGAUAUCAGUAAUAAUGAUAUUAGUAAUAAUGAUAUUAGUAAUAAUGAUAUUAGUAAUAAUGAUAUUAGUAAUAAUGAUAUCAGUAAUAAUGAUAUCAGUAAUAAUGAUAUUAGUAAUAAUGAUAUUAGUAAUAAUGAUAUUAGUAAUAAUGAUAUUAGUUAUAAUGACAGUAGCAAUAACGAUAGUAGCCAUAACAGCAACAGUAGCAGUAACGUGCAAAAUGCAUUCGAAUUUCGCAGCGAUAACGAUUUUAUGUUUUUGAACAUUAUAUAUAACAAUACAUUAAAUACAGGAGUUACAAAUAGGAAUACGUCCUCUACAUCUGUAGACACACACAAUAUGCCAGCUGAUGGAAAUGUUAUGAAUAGUAGAGAAUUGUAUGUAGCUGGUUUGCUUCAAGAAUUUAAUAUAAACAGAAAUUUGAAUAACAAUCUGUUUAAUGGAACAUUUAGAAACGGACCUGUAUUGUAUAUAGACAACAUAAAAAAUGAGAACAAAUUAGAGAGUUUAAAAUGCAAAGAAAGGGAAGAAGUCAAAAGGAGAAAUCAGAAUAAACUUUUUUAUGAAAUUCCAUUUAGUUUGAAACUUGCUUGUGAAAACAAGAAAUAUGAUGCAACAGUAAGGUAUAUAUACACCUUGUCAAAGAGCGCAGAUGAUAUAUUAUUAAGUUGUAUCAAUAAUUCAGAAGUGCUUUACGAUUUUGUUAUCAUAUGCGAGGGUUUAUAUACGGAAAAUGAAGAAUACCUCGUUGAUAAGGCACAAGAGGAAGAAUUUGAAAAAAAUGGGAUAAUGUAUGAAAAGUGUAGAGAAGAGGAGGAAGUAGAGGAAGCGGAAGAAGUGGAAUAUGCACAGGAAACGCGGAAAAUUGCACAACACGAGGAAAAUAAAAUAAAAAAUGAAAAUUCAUUUAUGGGAGGAAGUGAGUUUAAAGGGCCUCUUUCUCGUAGUUCGGAAUCCAUAAGAUCUGCUAUCACUCCGUUUGAAAAACCAUCUUUUCCGAAUUAUGAAAAUAACUACAUAAGUAAUAGUGAUCUCAGCAAUGUGUAUGAAGGGACUGAAUUGAGUUAUAAUAGUGCGAGUUACAAAUACAUGCAAAAUUGUUAUCUGAUAAAGAAAAAAGUAGACACAAUUAAUCCGUUUUUAGAUAAUGGUGAGAACACAAUAAAUUUAAAAAAUACUUUCUCAAACUUAAGUGUAGACGUGUUAGAAUUGUCUGAUGAAUCUUACUAUUCCUGUUCAAGUAAUACAAACUCUGAUUUUAAUGAAAUAAUAAAAUCUGCUGAUGAAUGUUCUGAAUGUGAAUAUUCAAAUCUUUGCUUAGAAGAAAGUAAUAUAAUAAAUUUUACUUCAGCGUAUCAAUUUUUGAAAAAGGAACAUUCAAUUUUAUAUGCCAACAAUUGUAAUGUUUGCAUAGAAAAGAAUAAAGAGGGACCGAUAACAAAAUAUUGUUUGAAAAGAGAAUUUUUGAAGGAAAGGAAAAAAAAAUUUAAUGGUAACACGAAUAUUGUAACAUUACGUAUAAAUGAUUUUCAGCCUGAUCCCAUUUAUCAUAGUGCGAAUGAAUAUUCUAAUGAUAAGGAGGAGGGCAUAUUUUUAUCUCCAAAUGGAACAAAUAAAGGAUUAAAUAGAAGAGGGAGAAAGAACAACAACGAAAAUGACAAUACUGUUAUAAAGUCGAAGUGGUUACAAAAAGUGCUAUUACAGGAAAAUUGGUACGAAUAUAACGAGGGGGAAGAUGAGGUAAUGGGGAAGGAAAGAGAGAAGUUAAAGGAGAACGUGAAAGAGAGCGUAAAGGAGAAGGUGAAGACACAGCAGAAAGAAGAAGACAAAGGACAACUGGAGAUAAAUGACUACAAUUCCAAACAUGCUGAUCGGCCUAUGAAACGCGUGAAUUCGUUAGAAGUAGAUGAAAAAGGUAUGUUGAAUAAUGAUAAUAAUACAUCUAACCAACUCCCUCGCGAUAAUGACUUAACAAGGAACAAUUAUACCGCUUUAAAAGAAGAUACAGAGUUCGAAAAAACUUCAAAUUUUAGUGAAAGGAAAAUAAAAAAAUAUUACAACCAAAAUAUUAGCUCAUUUAUACAUUAUAAGGCAAAAGAAGUAAGAAAUUAUUUUUACGAUGAGAAAUAUGUUAAGUACUUUCCAUAUGAUGAUAGUAAUAAUAUUAAUAAUAUGAAUAAACGUAAUCUUUUGAAAAAAAGUUUUCUGAAUAAAUUAAGAAGUAGUCCAGCGUAUUCAUUAAAACAGUUAUUAAAUGAAAUUUUCUGGACAUUUUCUAAUGUUACUUUUUAUACAGCCGAUUGGUAUGAUAUACUGUACAAACUAUUUUUUGAAUCAUCUUCACGAUUUUACGAAAUAGUUAUAAAACAUCAUGAACAUAAUAUACCUUGUGUCAAAUUUUCUCCAGAUGAUAAUUUUCUGUUAUCAUGUUCAGUUGAUAAAAGUCUAGUCCUAUGGAAUCCAUUCAAUGUCAAAAAUUAUGAUCUAGACAGAAGCUUCAACAUAUACGAUUACAUCUUCCCCCCAAAUGUGAGAAGGAAAGAUAAUCCCCGGUGCAUCUCCAGAGGAAGCAGCAACGUUAGGAGUAGGAAUAACAUUAGAAAUGAGAAUAAUUACUUCUCAACGAGCAGCUGCCACCUGAGGGGUUGCUUACCGAGGGGAAGAAUCAAAACGUACUGCUUGAGAAGGAAAACCAUUUUUGAAAAACCUUUCCAUGAGACGAAAAUGUACAAAGAAAAUAUUGAAAAGGAGCUAAUGAAAAAGGAAAAAAAGAACAAUAUUGUAUGUAAACAGAAAUUAAAAUCAAUGGGUUGGAGUGGUGAUUUUAUUGUAAAAAAAUAUAUUAGCGAUUUUGAUAUAUUGGUUGAACUUUUUGAGAAUCAGACAUUUUAUUUGGGUGCAAAAUUUAAUUAUUCAAGUUACUUUUCAUUUAGUAAUAUCGAUUUUAACAAUUUUUUACCCCUUUUUGAAAAGUAUUCGUUGUUUCAAUUAUUUAGGUGUACCUUUCUUAAUAGUAUUAAUAAAAAUAAGGCAGUUAAUUUGAAUAAUCUUACAUCAUACUUGUAUAAAAUGAACUUGAAAAAAGCAGAAUGUGUAGAAGAGAGUACUAUAAAAAGCGUAUUAGAUAUAUUAACAGGGAAUAAUUGCUCCGAUACAUGCUAUUCGAAAGAAAAGAUAAAAAGAAUAUACUCAGCUAUGAAAUAUGUUUCCAGAAAUUUGCUAAAACCUUAUCUUUUAAUUUAUCCUUUGCAUGAUGGUAAUUGUUAUGAAAUGGAAAAGAUAAAAUUGAAGGAAGAAAAUUUUACUACAUAUUCUUGUAUCUUAACUGACUAUGAAUUUGAUUUUUCCAGUAACGAUGAACAGGCUUUGAAAAAUUUUAAUGAUGAAGAAAAAUCGUACAAAAAAAAUUCAUUAUCUCAUAUGAUAAGUUACAAAACAGGGCAAGUAGAAAAACCGCGUUUUACUUUUUCUUCUUACAAAAAUUUUGAAAACAGUAAUAUAUCAUAUAAUCAAGCAUACCCCAUGCAUAAUGAAGCAAAAAGAAAGACAAAUCGAUUGUACAACAAAUUAGACUCGGAUGAAUCAGAUGAUGAUUAUAUAAAAAGAAAUAAAUAUGAAAAUUCACUAUUUUAUAAAUAUGCCCGAAAGAUAAGAAAUGACUUUAGUUCAAAUUUUUCAUCAAGAAUAGGAAAAAAUUAUGAUGAGGUGAGAAAAUGGAUUCCAAUUUUUCAAAAACUUAUAAAUCAGUAUGCAGAUAUGAAAUAUUGCAAAGAUAUAUAUAAUCAUAUAAAGAGGAAGAUAUUAAUUAACCAUAUAAAUAAAUAUGAGGCCACGAAGCCAGAUCUUUAUUUCAAUUUUCACAUAACUAGGAAUUAUCAAGAGUCCAAAAUAUUAAAUGAAAUUUUAUUAAAUUAUUCCGUUUAUUUUAGUGGGAAAGACAGAACAAUCAGUGGUGUGGCUGCUUGUGAUCGGAGUAAUGGUGGUAUUAGCAAUUGUAUUAUGGUUCAUGGUAACAUGCAUAGGGUUAGUAAACAUUUCAAAUCCUACUUAAAGCUGAUAAAAAAGAAAAGAUUGUUAAGCAAUUUGAGAAGCAGUUGUUGGAAAGGGAAAAAAUCGAUGUUUCCUACAACUAAUCAGAAGGAAGAAAACAAAUAUAAUAAGCGUAUGAACAGUGCAUAUGAUUACAAUAGCAAGAAUAAGAGCUUCUCAAAUAGUAAAGGGUACACUAUUAUUAUGAAAAGUAGCGUAGCAAAUUUUCACAAUGUUAUAAAUAAUAUUAUCAGUUUGUCUCACAUGAACAGAAUUAUUAAUCAUUACAAGUAUUUUAAGGAGAACAACAUGUUCAAUAAUGGCACCAGGGUGACUGGAAAUUACAAAGGUAGUAGCAGCAAUCAUAUAAGUAGUAGCAGAAAUCAUAUAAGUAGUAGCAGAAAUCAUAUAAGUAGUAGCAGCAAUCAUAUAAGUAGUAGCAGAAAUCAUAUAAGUAGUAGCAGCAAUCAUAUAAGUAGUAGCAGAAAUCAUAUAAGUAGUAGCAGCAAUCAUAUAAGUAGUAGCAGAAAUCAUAUAAGUAGUAGCAGAAAUCAUAUAAGUAGUAGCAGAAAUCAUAUAGAUAGUAACCGUAAUUAUAGCUGCAAUAUGAGCACGAACAAAAAAAAUGUGGGCGUUAAAGAUAAAAGAACGAAGUACACGAAAAAUGACAUUCUUGAAAAUUUUUUUAACGAUUUUGAAGAGGAGGAAAAGACAGAAUUUUAUUCAUCGGACUCCUUCAACUCGGAUGUAAAUGAAGCUCAGCAGAAAAAGUGGAAAAGGAAAGGAAAAAAGAAAGGAAGAAAGACAAAAGAGAUGAAAAAAUUGAAACAGUUAAAACGUAAGAAAUAUAGCAAAUAUGAUCACGAUAAAAAGCCCUCAUUAAAGAAGAGAGACUUAAAAGAAAUUUUGCUUCGGGAAAAUAAAUAUUAUAAUAUAUGCUUUUUGAAUUCUGAAAAAGAAAAUUAUAAAAUUAACUAUUUUCAAAAUAUAAAUAUUUUGCAAAAUAUGUACAAAUUUUGUGGAAAAGGAUUAAUCAUAGUUAACGUAAAAUAUGUAAUGAAGAACAAAUUGAAAAAUGGAGGAGGCACAUGUGCGAAGAAUGGGGAUUACAAGAAUGAUCAGUCCACAGGGGAAAAGAAAGUGCACCAUAAUGGUAAUAUGUGUAGUCAGUUGAGUAGUCAACGGAAUGGACAUCAGAAUGGACAGCGGCAUAGUAUUGUAUUCCAAACCGAUAUACACAUUUGCAAGGAUAAGAAGAGAAUAAGUCGCACCAAUAGCAACGGCAAAAAAGGCUUAAACUUUAAAAACCCAAGAACAAUUAUUUUUAUCGUACGAGUAAAUGUAGAAGAAUUAAGGAAUUAUUUAGUUAGAAAAUUAAUUUUUGAAGAAAAAUAUAUUAAUAACAACUUUUAUAUUAAUAGAAAGGUUGCAAAAAUAUUUUAUUUAGUUACGUUAAAAAAUUGUGAAUUACUACAUAAGGAUGACAGUAGUAGUACCUAUGAAACGAAAAUUGAUGAACAGAAAAAAAAAUUAUUAAAUUCUUAUAUGUCAAAGGAAGAAUAUUCUUUCUAUAUGCAUUUAACGCACAAUUUAUUUAAAAAAAAAAAUAAUCAAAAGUUUGUACUAACCCGAAAGGAAAUAUAUGAAGAUAUAAUUAAAAUAAGAAAUUAUAUUCUUAACCCAAAAAGGAUAGAAAUAACACCUAGUAUACUGGAAGAAUUUACUUUACCUAAUUACAAUGGUGAACAUUUGAACAUCUCGAAUAUUACAUAUGAGAGUUCAACAUUUAAAUUAUUUUUCUUAUUACUACCCAAAUAUGAACAAAAUGUACUAAUGGUAAAUAUAUCUACUUUAAGAUAUCUGUAUUCGCAUAUGUGUAAUGGGGAAGAAAGGAAAGGCAAAAAAAGAAAAGGGAAAAAGUUAUGUUGUUGCGUAAAUAAAAAUAAAGAUGUUUUUUACCCAGUAGUUAAUAAAGCAGAAAAGAAACAACUGAAUGAAUACUUAAUAUUAUCAGCAGAUAAACGUAAAUUGUAUUUACUGAAAGUUAAGUUUACAAAAAUAACGAAAAACUUCUUUACAACUAAAUUUAUUCCCAUAUCUAUUCAAUCUUUGCCCAAAGAACAUAAAUUGCCAUCAGCUUUUAAAUCAUCACGAGUUAGUUUCUUAAAAAUUAUUUAUGAAAAAUCUUGUGUACUGCUGGCAAAUCAGUAUAGUAAUACCAUAUUCAUUUAUGUUGUAAACAAGUGUGUUUACACAAAUUCGUACUUUCUCAUACCUUACUUCUCUCUACCCUUGUUCACCGAACGCAUAGGAAAAGAACUCAUACCGGGCUUCAACAAAGACAUUUCAUGCAGUAUAAAAAAACAUGUAGUAAAUAAUGUAAAUUAUAACCUCAAAAGGUUGCCUGUUGGUAAGCCUAAAGAUACUGAUGAUGAAAGCAAUUUUUUCAUUGCCGGGUUGGAUAUAAUAUACGUACGAGGAAAAAAUAAUAAUUUUGAAAUAACUGUUUUUGCAGUUCUACUCAGCAACAUUACAUUUUGUUAUAAAUUGAAUUUUCAUUAUUAUUAA